UGGGAGUGGGUGGGGAUUAAGAGAUUUGAAAGGAGCCCCGCCCCUUGGUAGCAGAUUCCCGGUACUAGAUUGUUGGGCAAAAACACCUUCCGCGGGAGCUCGGGUCUAAGCUGACUCUUGCUCCUGCUGGCUGGGACAUGGAGGGUUUGGAGGAAGCUGUAAAGUUUAUUGUGGAUGAGACCUUGGAUUUUGGAGGGCUGUCACCAUCUGACAGUCGUGAGGAGGAAGACAUAGCAGUGUUGGCGACUCCGGAGAAACCACUCCGACGGGGCCUCUCCCACCGAAGUGACCCAAAUGCAGCGGGCCCCACCCUCCAGGGUCCAAGGUUCAGCUUAGGUCCCCUCAGCCCAGAGAAGCUGGAGGAGAUCCUUCAUGAAGCCAACCGGCUGGCGGCUCGGCUGGAACAGUGUGGCCUGCAGGAGCAGGAGAGCACAGGCGAGAGCCCGGCGCCUCGCCAGGUGAAGCCCAGUCCUCGGCGGGAGACUUUUGUAUUGAAGGACAGUCCUGUCCGAGACCUGCUGCCCACUGUGAGCUCCCUGACUCGGAGUACUCCCUCCCCAAGCAGCCUGACACCCCGACUCCGGAGCAGUGAUAGAAAGGGGUCGGUCAAGGCUCUUCGGACAACAUCUGGAAAGAGGCCCGCCAGUGUGAAGAGGGAAUCGCCCACUUGCAAUCUGUUUCCUGCAUCAAAAAGCCCAGCAUCUUCUCCCCUUGCCCGAUCAACUCCCCCAGUCCGGUCAGCUCCACCAAUCCGAUCAACCCCUCCAAUCCAAUCAACCCCUCCACUCCGAUUGGCCCCUCCAAUCCGAGGAAAAGCUGGGCCCAGUGGGAGAGCAACAGCAGGCCCAGCUGCCCCUGCCAGGCCAGUCCUGGCCCCACAGCCUUCUCCCAGCAACUCUCAGCGCCUGUCCCGGCCACAGGGUGCAGCUACUAAACCUUCAAGUCGACUGCCCAUCCCCACGGCCCUCCCUAGGCCUGCCGGCCGAAUGCCACUGUCCAGCCGGAGUGUACUGCCCUGCAAAGGUGGCCUACCUCCAGAUUCUCUGCCAAGUCGGAAAGGGCUUCCGAGACCAAGCGCUGCAGGGCACAGAGUUCCUGUUUCCCAGCGACCAAAUCUCCAUGUCACUGGUGCCACUCGCAGCAGUCUGCAGCCCCCCAGGAAAGUUGUAGUCUCAGGAUCUACCAGGUAAAAGAUCCGGACAGCAAGCAAAAAUUCAGUAGCCAACCACUACAGCCACUGCCUGGACAUGCCUGGACCUGGCCUCCCAAGCCCUCUCGUUGGAGGGAGGCCCUGACUCCAGCAACUUCUGGCCCAGGGACAGGUGGAAGAGAUACUGCCAGGGCUGGUCUCCCGGGAGCUGAGACCUUAGGAGAUGGGGUGGAUUAGGGUUGAGUUGGAGGGGUGUGAAACUCUCUGGGUUGAAAGCAGGUUAAACAGGAAAAAGAGGUUGCCUCCCAGUAGUGAAAUUAGCAAACAGAAAAUGAAAAAUGCAGGAAAGUGGUUUGUCCAUAUCCAUCCCCACUCUUGCUUUCAGCCCUAGAGAGUUUGAUCUUCCAGGUGUUGAUUUGCUGGAUGUUUACAUGUGUGUGGCCUCCUAGCUAACCUCCUUGCUCUCUGAGGAGAGGCCUUCCUGAAUCAUCCUCUACAGGACUCAGGCCAAUUUGGAGAGGCAGCGGCAGGCACCUGGUCUCCAGAAUUCUGUGACUCCUAACAGGCCAGUUUAUGAUAAGCUUACUCUACCAGUCUGCAUUUUUUAAAAAUAAAGUAAAUGUAUUUUUA